AUGUUCACCAAGGCCAUUUUCACCAGCGCUCUCCUUUCCGCCGUCUCGGCUCACCAGAACAUGCAUCAGCUCUGGGUCAACGAUGUUACUCCUGGUUACCAGGUCGGCAUCCGGAUGCCACCUUCCAACAGCCCCGUCACCGACGUAACCAGCGACGACAUUGUCUGCAACGUCAAUGGUGCCAAGGUCCCCUCCGGUGUUGAGACCGUUGCUGCCAACGAGGGUGACACCAUCAAGGUUCAGUGGGACCAGUCCGGCCACCCAGGUCCCAUCACCCACAUGCUUUACGGACCCGUUGACGAUGCUUCCCAGGCCACUGGUAUCGGUGCCGGAUGGUUCAAGAUUGACGAGCUUGACAACGUUGACGGAAAGUGGGCGAACGAGAUCAUGGGCGCCAACAACAUGACCCGCGAGUUUGCUCUCCCUACCGGUCUUGCCAGCGGCGAGUACCUGCUCCGUUCAGAGAUGUUGGCCCUUCACGGCGCUCAGACUGUCGGUGGUGCGCAGUUCUACAUUGCCUGUGCGCAGCUCAAGAUUACUGGUACCGGUAAGGAGGGUGCUUGCGGACCUACCAUUGAGCUUCCCGGUGCCUACAAGGCUGAGGACGACAACAUCUACAUCCCCAACGUCUACAACGGCUUCGACGUGACCACCUACAAGGCUCCUGGUGGCCCUGUCGCUUCAUGCGGUGGUGCCGGUGCUGCUAAGCCAUCUUCCCCUGCUGCCAACUCGACCGUCGCAGCUCCUACCUCUGCUGCCGCUGCGCCCACCUCUACCCUCGCCGCUGUCUCCUCUGUCGCUGCUGUUGCCGAGACCAGCUCCGCCGCUCUCCCUACCCUCGCCCCCGCCCGCCCCUCGAUGAACGCUACCAUCCCCAGCGCUUCUCCUGUUGCCCCUACCACCUUCGCCACUCUCCUCCGCCCUUCAUCUGGCAUCGCCGCCCCUACCGGUGCUGUUCCCUCCGGAACUGCUGGCGUUGCUAAGCUCUACUACCAGUGUGGUGGUGCUGGAUACACCGGCCCUACCACCUGCGAGGGCACUGCCAAGUGCGUCGUACAAAACGACUUCUACUCUCAGUGCCUCAACAACUAG